AUGCGCACUUGAUCCGGGGUGCCAGUCCAAGCACAGGUCCUUUCGCCGCCAUCCUCAUCCCAUAGAAACACAAACCACCGCGCUGCAGUCAAUCAUGAGCUUUACAGUAGAAGAGAGGGGCAACCCGAACACCCUGUCCUACCGUCUGUUCUUCAAAAAUGCAGAAGGAAACUACAUCUCUCCAUUCCAUGACAUACCUAUGUGCGCAGAUGAGGCACAGAAUAUCUUCAACAUGGUGGUUGAGGUGCCAAGAUGGACAAAUGCAAAGAUGGAGAUUGCUACCAAAGACCUCCUGAAUCCAAUCAAACAAGACGUAAAGAAAGGCAAGUUGAGAUACGUUGCCAACAUUUUCCCUCACAAAGGUUAUAUAUGGAACUAUGGAGCCAUCCCUCAGACAUGGGAGGAUCCAGCUCACAAGGAUGCCGAUACAGGCUGCUGUGGAGAUAAUGACCCAAUAGACGUCUGUGAAAUUGGCAGUAAGGUGUGCUCCCGCGGUGAUGUCAUCAGAGUGAAGGUCCUGGGGGUUCUGGCCAUGAUCGACGAGGGAGAGACUGAUUGGAAAGUGAUUGCAAUCAAUGUAGACGACCCCGAAGCUGGCGAAUUCAAUGACAUCAGUGAUGUGAGGCGGCUGAAGCCCGGGUACCUGGAGGCCACAGUCGACUGGUUCAGAAGAUACAAAGUGCCUGACGGUAAACCAGAGAAUCGCUUUGCCUUUGAUGGGGAGUUUAAAGACAAGGACUUUGCCAUUAAUGUAAUCAAGAGCACUCAUAGUUUCUGGAAAAACCUCAUUUGUCAGAAGGCCAGUGCGGGUGAACUAAACUGUAAAAACACAAGUGUCUCCGCGGGUGACAGUCCAUUCUGCUGCUCAGCGGAUGAGGCCAAGGCAGCUGUGGGAGAGACAUGUCCGUGUGGGAAAGGUGACCCCAUUCCUUCAACAGUUGACAAAUGGUUCUACAAAUAAGAGGCAUCAUUGAAGGCGGAGGGCCUUUAAACACUAUGAUAUGGUCUUAGAAACAAUGGGAGGAUUCCCAGACUCAAUCUUUCCAUUGGAUGGCGAGAUACUGUACAAUGUUAGAUAAUGUAGAUUAACUCAAAUAAUGUGUACACUAGUGAUGCAUUCAUGUUAUGACCAAUUAAUCUUACAAAGGUCUCCUAGGAGAUGUGCUGUCAAAUCUUGAAGGUACCCAAACCCUACUUCCUACCUGAAACUGCUUUAAUAAAGCUGUUCUGGACUCCA